AUGCAAAUGGAUGAAGCGAAUGAAGCACAUGUGAAUGAAUGUUGCGUGAAAAGUUAUUUAGGAAGCUUUCAUGUGUACGUGUUUGCUCUUCGUUUCUUCUUUAUAUUAUUAUUAUUAUUAAACUCGCUUUUUUUUUUGUUUGUCUACUACAUUACUAUUAUUAUUAUUAUUAUUUUUUUUUCGUAUGUAGUUGUUAUUAUUGUUUUGGUGAGGACAUUUGACAGUAUUCAAAGAAGUUGGAAGAGAGAAAAGAAGCAGGGAAGAAAAAUAAUAAAUGAUCAUAAUAAGAAAGAACUUGCACUGCAGGUUUGGCGUAUGGGAUUGUUGAGUAUUCGGUUUAACGACAUGUUACUGUUCCGUCUCACGGGAAACGUGUUGUGCCGCUUUUAUAAGGGAAAACAGAAAAGUGAUGAUGUUGAGAAAGAAAGUUUAAAAAAAAAACGAAAUUGCCUCAUUCUCUGUCUGUUUCCCUCUGCUGUGUAA